ACACAACACACAAUAGUUGAUUGAUCACAUUCGGUGGUCACUGCGAAGAAGAAACUGCGUUUAGCUGCUGCUGCUGCUGCUGCUUCUUUGUUCCACAGUUCCGACCAGGCAAUAGACCCACAAUUUCAACAUGGCAGAACUAAGCCUCGGUAUGCUCAUAGACAUCGUGGACGAGGAGUGGAUGAGGGAUACUCUCCCUGAUGAUGAUCUUCCAUUGCCGCCAGUGCUUGCAGUUCGGACAGAUGAUACUGAAGACGCCAAUCAGGAGACUCAGCAGACGGAUGGCGAUACUUGGCAUGACCUUGCGCUGGAUACCCAGUAAGGCAUUCGGGCAUCUGAUGCAUCUUUUCCUCGAGAGUGUCUUUUCGGUAACAGGAAGCGGGAAAUCGGAAGCUUUUAAGUGUCUUUAUCUCGUUGUAUCGUAGUUUCUCUAGACCCAAAAGUAUGAGCUGAGAGACUCUGUAUGGUUGUUAUUAUGAGGACUGGAUGCACUCAAAAUGUUUAACCUAAACCAGAGUGUUAUUACCUGUUUGCUUCACUUUGUUUCUACGGAGCUGCUGUCUAGGAUUUGGAUUCUGUCGAUGAGCCAUGUUUAGGACCAAACUGCAUUCAGAUCCUCUGGUUGAAUUGGCGGUUCACUUGAUGAA